UUCCUAAAAUUAAUGGAAUUUUCUUUCCUCUUUGUGUCUUAAUAAAAGAGGACGAAGGUAAUGUUUGGUAGAUCGUAAUGUAACGUUAUUACCGUCUGACACCAAAAAUUGAAUGGAAGAAGGUGCUUUUUCGCAAUUGAAGUUGGAUAAUCUAUAAAACUACACAAAUAUGAAGAUUUGGACUUCAGAGCACACAUUUAACCACCCUUGGGAGACAGUUGCACAAGCAGCAUGGCGUAAAUAUCCAAACCCCAUGAAUCCAGCCGUGAUAGGAAUUGAUGUGGUGGAACGAAGGGUUGUCGAUGGAGUUUUGCAUACCCACAGACUUGUCAGUUCAAAAUGGUUCUUCCCUAGAUGGGCACAAGCGCUCAUUGGAACAGCUAAAAUAUGCUAUGCAAGUGAAAAGUCAGAAGUAAAUCCAAAUGAGCGUCAAAUGACAUUGAAAACUACUAAUUUGACAUUUUGUCGCUACAUUGCUGUUGAUGAAACAGUCCGAUACACUCCACAUCCUACAGAUACCUCCAAAACUCUAUUGACACAAGAGGCUGUAGUAACUGUGCAGGGAGUACCUCUCAGCAGUUACAUGGAAGAUUUACUAACAAAUAAAAUAUCACUUAACGCAGGGAAGGGCCGCCAAGCUAUUGAAUGGGUAAUUGGCAAGUUGGACAAUGAAAUCAAAGAACUUGCUAACUCUGCCUGUAAAAGUACUGAUGAGCUCCUCUCUCAAACAAAGAAGUCGAUUGAUGAUAUAACUUCAACUGCACGAAGAUCUAUGGAUGAUAUAUCAUCCAAGGCAAAACGUUCACUUGACGACAUAGAGAAAUUCACGAAGGCAAAUGCAAAUCAACGAAGCUGAAAAGAGGAGUGAUUUCGAUUAGGGCUGAUAAACUGCUGUUUGUAAAGAAAGUUCUACACAAACUGAUGGAGCCCAUUAGACAAUAUAAAUAAAUUCAUUAAA